UAAAUAUCAAACACCAGCUAAUAAUGCGGGCUUAAUAUUUUUAGUAUGUAGUAGUGUCCAGAUAAAUUUAAAAAAAUCAUUUCUUCUUCCAAUCUCUAAAAUAGUAGUUUCAGUCCAGCCUACGUGGGACGCGUGACUAAAAUCUAAAACGUGUUAGGCGUCAGUUGGUUUUCUGAAGCCUGAAGCUGAGGCGCUUUUAAUAGCAGCAUAUUAAAAUAUCUACAAUUACAUAAAUAUAUAUACAUAUACACAUACAUUUAUACACGCAUAUAUACACAUAUAUGUGUAUACACAUAAGUGUUAAAGUUUUACAGUAACACUCAGUACUCGGUAAUCUAUUGCGGGUUCGGUAUCGUCGUUUUAUUUUUAUUUUGUGAGAUAAAAAUCAACGAGUGGAGGGAAAAGUCAACAAAUUCUGUUGAUUAUUACCCAAUUAAAAUUUUUUCAAAUUAACAAAAUCAAUAAUUAAAUUUUAAAAAAUUUUAAUUUUAGUUUUUUACAAAGAAAAAAAAUUUGAAAAUGUAUCAUCAUUUGAAUAAAUUUAUGAGAUCAAAAGCCACUGGAUGUCUUAAAGGAAAGCAGGCUCCAAAAUUAAAUGGUGAUUUAGCCGGUGCAUUGGCGCGUGUUAUCCCGGUGACAAUUCAAAACCGAGGGUAUGCUGAGCACCAGAUCCCUGAUCGUCUUAAGGACAUUCCGGUCGCUGAGAACCCGAAAUUUUUUAACAUGGUAGAGUACUUUUUUCACCGUGCAUGCCAAACUAUCGAGGACAAAUUGGUCGAGGAUGUGGGUCAUCGAUCUAAAAUGACAAUCGAGGAGCGUAGAAAAAAGGUCAAAGGUAUUCUUAUGUUAAUGGAACCUUGUGAUCAUAUUUUGGAGACAACAUUCCCGUUGAGACGUGACUCGGGUGACUAUGAAAUGAUCACUGGCUACCGAGCUCAGCAUUCUACGCAUCGGACACCAUGCAAAGGAGGUAUCCGAUUUUCAAUGGAUGUAUGCAGAGAUGAAGUAAAAGCUUUGUCAGCUUUGAUGACCUUCAAGUGUGCUUGCGUUGACGUUCCCUUCGGUGGUGCUAAAGCCGGAAUAAAAAUUGACCCGAAAAAAUAUUCCGAGCACGAGUUAGAAAAAAUAACUCGUAGAUUUACUUUGGAAAUGGCGAAAAAAGGUUUCAUUGGACCUGGAGUGGACGUACCAGCCCCUGACAUGGGAACCGGCGAACGUGAAAUGUCAUGGAUAGCAGAUACAUAUGCAAAGACGAUAGGUCAUCUGGAUAUAAAUGCCCAUGCCUGUGUAACAGGAAAGCCCAUAAAUCAAGGAGGAAUUCACGGACGUAUAUCAGCAACCGGUCGCGGAGUUUUCCAUGGUCUAGAGAAUUUUAUAAACGAGGCUAAUUACAUGUCUAUGAUUGGAACAACACCAGGCUGGGGUGGCAAAACAUUUAUCGUUCAAGGUUUCGGUAAUGUAGGUCUUCAUUCGAUGCGGUAUCUCCACCGUGCUGGUGCAACUUGUGUUGGAGUUAUUGAGCACGAUGGUUCAAUCGUUAACCCCGAUGGAAUCGAUCCAAAGGCAUUGGAAGAUUAUAGGAUUGAAAACGGAACAAUCGUUGGUUUUCCUGGGGCGCAACCUUACACUGGUGAAAAUUUAAUGUAUGAACAGUGCGAUAUUUUCAUUCCCGCUGCUAUUGAGAAGGUUAUCAACAAAGAUAACGCCUCACGUAUUCAGGCUAAAAUAAUUGCUGAAGCUGCCAAUGGUCCUACGACACCUGCCGCUGAUAAAAUUCUUAUUGAAAGAAAUGUUCUUGUUAUUCCUGAUUUAUAUAUAAAUGCCGGUGGUGUUACUGUGUCAUUUUUCGAAUGGCUUAAAAAUUUAAAUCAUGUUUCCUAUGGACGUCUUACAUUUAAAUAUGAAAGAGAAUCUAAUUAUCAUUUGUUAGAAUCCGUCCAAGAGUCUUUAGAGCGCAGAUUUGGUCGCGUUGGUGGCCGUAUUCCAGUGACUGCAUCUGAAGCUUUUCAAAAAAGAAUUUCUGGUGCUUCCGAAAAAGAUAUUGUUCAUUCUGGUCUUGACUAUACUAUGGAACGAUCAGCUAGAGCUAUCAUGAAGACUGCGAUGAAAUAUAACUUGGGAUUAGACUUAAGGACAGCAGCCUACUCAAAUUCCAUUGAAAAAAUAUUUACGACAUACUCAGAAGCCGGUCUUGCUUUUUAAUUACUAGUCAUGAAUAUUAAAUUGAUAAUAAUGAUAAAUAUUGAAAUUUAAAUAAUCAAUGAGACAUUUUAUAGUAGAAUCAAACAGUAAACAAUCAACACAUUGCAUAAGUCAGUAUUUUCUCAUAUUUUUAAUAGACAUUUUAUCGUUUGUUUUAUGGAAAGGACUCAGUUUCUUAUGAUUUUAUGUAUGGUAUCAUUUGGUUACAAUAUUUGUAAGGAUUGAUAAUGAGAUAUCAGCUUUGAUGACGAAAAAUAAAAUUAUACUGUCUGUAACUGUAAUUGUUUGUGUGAAAUCGUCAGGCAAUAAAUUAAAUGGUGAUUUAAAUAAAAAUAUAUAAGUUUCUUUUUAUCUUUCUUUGAAUUUUAAAAAACAAAAUUAUAAAUAUGGAUCUGAGUUGAGUUAAUGUUUAUAAAAUACAAUAAAUCGAUAAAAUAAAAUUGUUAAGAUUAAUCCUGAGGUAAAAACAAUUAAUAACUUUUAAAUUCACAUAAAUUACAAUCAAUUUUUCUAAUGACCUGACACUCGAUGACACUAAAAAUAAAAUUUAUAAUAUUUAAUAGGCAUUUUUUUUAAAGGGAAGACAACUGAAGAGAUAGUAAAUACGCUAGAGUGGUCAGUUAUUUUUAAAAAUUACCAGGUGUAUUCAAUUAUUGUAUCUAGUUGAACAGUAAAAAUCUAUUUUUACUUUUUCCGCGCCAAUAUUUAAAAUUUUACAAAAUUAUUGUAAUCAUUUGAUACAAUACACAAAUUGUAUAGAACUGAGCCUUUAAUUUCAUGAUUAUAUAAAUUAAAAAUUAUCAUAUAUUUCUUAUGAAUCAUUAGUAUCAUAUACAUUUUUUUAUAAAAUAUUUCAUAUGAACAAAACUGAAAUAAUUAAUUGAUGUCCCAUAAAAAAAAGUUAAAGAAAUGUUGACUAUUUCAAACUUAAAAUGUGAUACGAUCAACUUUUUUUAAACUUUUGAAAAUUAAAAGAAAAAAUCAAUGAGUGGCGUAAUCAGAAAAAAGGAAUUUUUGGCACAAGAAUUUUUUUCUCACAAAAAAAAAAAAUAAAAACUUUUAAUGGAUUCAAAAAAAUUUACAGAAGAGUUAAAUUUUUCAUUUAUUGUAAAUUUUUUUUUCUUCUUUGUAUUUUUAGAAGUUUGAAAAAAAUUCCUGGUCACGUUUUUAAGUUUUGAAGUCAAUGUUUUUUAAAAAAUUUUUUUUGAUGGGAUUUAUGUUUACAUAUUUAAUUUAUUAAUUUAAUUAUUGUGACAGUUCAUGCUUUACAAAAACGACAUAAAGUUAUUUUUUUUGCAAGCAAACUUAAUUAUAAUUGUUAUAAUUAAAUGAUUAAUUAUAAGACACCACUUGUUUAGAAAGACGUUUUUUAUAUUAAAUACUGCCGUUUUAAUAGAAAUUUUUGAAUUUUUAAUGCUGAAUUUGUGUGCGAUUAUUGCGCUACUCCAAUAAUAUUUAAAUAAAAUUUUAUUAUUAUAAUUAAAUAUUAAUUUAACAAAAAAAAGUAAUGAGGCAUUAUUGUAACUUAAUAAUAAUCAUGACGAAAGUAUACAGUUACAAAUUACAAGUUUUGAAUUGUAUGAAUGAAAACGUUCUGCUCAAGUGACUGUAAUUUUAAAUAAAAAUAAAAACAGCCUACGGCACAAUGUAUUAUAUACAAUUACACAACAAGUGUACAAAAAGUGUUUGAAUAAAAUAUUAUUAUCUGAU